AUGCUCGGGGACAACGCCCUGGUCCCAAUACAAAACCAAUUUCCCUUCUCCAUGGAAGAUUUCACCUCGACAGGACCCCUGACGAUGAUCAAUUUCCCUUGUUGGAACGCAAAAAGGAAGCAUCGGCAAAAAAAAUCUCCACCUCCUAGAACGUACACGGUCGUCCAGUUCACCUUCCCCGGCCAAAAGCUCCUCAUCGCCUACACCACCAGGCACCGCUGGGCGUUCUUCUCCAGCCUCAUCCCCUUUCCGUCUGGAUUGCUCAUUCUUGACCGAAUUCAUGUUAUCAGUAUAGUCGUCCCAGACCGAAGCGUGCUCCCCGGCCACGACAUGGCCUUUGUCGUCGUCCCUUCCGCCUGGAUCUGGAAAGCCUACGCGGCAGGGCACCUUGGCCGGACGAGCACUGCCACAGAUGGGAAUAAAAAAAACCACCUCCUCACCGUGGAGCUCGACGUGCUCUGGAAUCUAGACAUGGGUGACCCCGAUUACAACCACGUCGGCGUACAUCUUAACUCAGCCAAAUUGGUGGUCAUCGUCGUCGCCGCCGUCGAGCACUGA